GUUUCAGCAGCAACUAGGUCACAAUAAGGGCGCGUAUGAUUUUCCACCUUUUGGUGACGUUACCGUCACCACUCUGUACCGUUGUAUUAUAUGACUGAAACCCAUCAAAUCAGUUUUGACCUCUCGAAAGUACGAACUCGAGGCUGGUUCGAACCUCAUCCCACACGCCCUAACAGUCACGCCGUCUAUGGUAGCUCGUCAAAACCGCGGAAAAAAGCGUUCUGGCCUGUCUUCCCCUCGUCACUUGUUAUUAAAUCUCGAGUUCGAGUCGAUUUAGGCGUCCUGACUCCUUACUAGAGCUGCUUCCAGGGGAGAAAUGGAGGACAAGUGCCCUUUCUGCGGCAGCCGGGAUGGUGCGCGGAACCUUCCCGCUCUGCACGGUCCGGCGCCGAAUCCGUCGCAGAACCCGUCGCAGGGCCAACCCAAUCACCACCAUCACCCGCACCCCACGCCGCAUUUUACGCCGCAUAAUACGGCGCAUCAUGCAUCGCAUCAGCCGCCGGCGCCGGCGCCGUACGAGACGGUGCUGGUGGCGUGCGCGAGCUGCGCGCGGAUCGUCGCGGAGCGGCGGAUCAUUCCGCUGCUGUUCGUUCCGCGCGCCGUCCAGGAAGCUUCCUUCUGCCUCCCCGCUAGGGACGUGCUCGCGCACGCGAAGCUUCGCCCGGACGAGGUACAAGCAGCCGCGAAAAAAAUGGUGGAGAUUAAAGCCGGAGGAGGUGAGGAAGUUAAAGCUGGUGGAACCGAGAGAGACAACGCAGCGCCAGAGACAGCAGCAGCAGCAGCAGCAGCAGCAGCAGCAGCAGCAGGAGCAGAUAUAACUGCAGCAGGAGCAGAUAUGACUGCAGCAGGAGCCGUUUUUAAGGGGGAAACGGGAAAGGGCGUGGUAUCCGUCGUAAAGCCAGGGGUCAAAGUGGAGAUGGAGGAAGGGGGGGGGAAGCGGGAAGAGACAGGAGGGAAGGGGGGGAAGAAGGAGGCGAGUCAGCCGCUGGUAGGGUUUGAUCUGAAUUUUGAUCUGAAUAUGGAUGCGAUGGACGGUGGAGAUGACGCGACGGGUGGGAGGAUGGACGGUGGAGAUGAAGCGAUGGGCGGGGGUCUAGUCUCGGAAACGCAAGAGGGUGAAGAGGAAGCGGGGGAGGAGGAGGAAGAAGAGGAGGAAGAGGAAGAGGAGGAGGAGGAAGAGGAGGAGGAGGAAGAAGAAGAGGAGGAGGAGGAAGAAGAGGGGGAGGAAGAGGAGGAGGCGGAAGAGGGCACAAGCCCCAACUCUCUUUUGUCAGAGGGUGACGAUCCAUCCGACCAAUUUCUCGAUGUCUUCUCGUCGCUCUCUCUCGAGUCCGGCCCGCCCUCUUCUCCGCCGCCUCCCUCUCUUUCUCCGGUCAACUGGCGGAGAUGGAGCGCCUGAUUGGCCCGGUGCUCUACACCGGCUGCCCGGGAGGGUCAGGGGGCAGUGCUGUGGGCACAACUGAUUUUUUGCGUGCCUAUUUCCAGAUUCUCGAAGUGAGUGGGCUCCUGGAGAUCAACCAGAGCAUAACCGAUCAUGCGGUUACCCUAUUCCGGGACUACGUGGUCUCAGCAGGGGGAGCCCGCAACCGCAACAUCGAGGCGCUGGCCACAGCAGCGGUGGUGCAGGCGAUGCGGGAGGCGCAGGAGGCGCGCACCCUCCAGGAAGUUUCCCUGGUGGCGGGGAUCGCGGUUAAGGAGCUGGGGAGGAGUCUCAAGGGCGUGAUGGAGGUGCUGAGGCUGCAGCAGCCGGUGAAUAGCAAUUCAGUCUCCUUCCACAUGCCGAGAUUCGCGUCCAUCCUGCAGCUGCGCAAGUCUACCCAGGACCUGGCAACCCACGUGGGUGAGGUCGUAAUCUCCAAGUCCUUCUGCACGCGACGCAACCCCAUCAGCAUCAGUGCGGCGGCCAUCUACCUGGCGUGUCAGCUGGAGGACAAGAGGCGGACGCAGACAGAGAUCUGCAAGGCCACAGGGCUCACCGAGGUGACUCUAAGGAAGGUGUACAAGGAGCUGCUGGAGAAUAUCGAUGAUCUGCUGCCUGAGGGCUACGAGCCCACCAUCCCUGCUGACAGGGUCGCCAGCAUGCCUCUAUCCGGC